UUUACAUGUAAGCCCCAUUGAUUGGCAGCCAUUAUCAGUCCAAGAAAAUAAACAAAGCGAAAAUGGAUUGACAGGCAUAGAUCAAUUCCUCGAACUUAAUUGGCUGUAAAAAUGGAUGUUGAGGCAGAUACUCAUAAAGAAUGUAGUGAGGGAAGUUUGGAGGUGGCUGAAAGUAAAGAUGAAAAAGUUUCUGACAAUGCAGAAAAUCAGAUAAGUGAUGUUGGUGUGAAACGACCACAUGAUGAUGCUGAUGAAGCAGAACAAGAGGAAGAUGGUCCACCGGAGAAAAGGAGCAAGUCUGAGAGUGGCGUUGAUGAGGAGGAAAAGCCAGUAGCUGACAGUCCUGGGGAGACAAUGGAAGUUGAUGAAACAGAAGAAAAGACUGAAGAUGUCAAGGAGGUGGAGAACUCGAAACCUCUGGAAAAUAUAGAAGAAAGUGAAACAAAAACUGAAAAUGAACCAGAAAAUCUUAUUAAAGCAGAAGAAAAAGAAGAAAGCGCUGAAACUGCUCCUACUGAGUCAGUAAAGGAUAUUGCUUGUGCUGAGGAAACAGCCAUUGGUGAAGAUAGGGAUGAAGAACCUAGUAUGGAGGAAAAAACUUCAGAUGAUGAUAAACCUAAAGUAAAUGGUGUUAGUUCAGACAAAGACUCAGUUCAUUCUGAGGACAGUGAGAAAGAAAACAUGAAUGUUGAUGCUCCUAUGGAUUUGUCUGUGGUUACAAAACCGCCAAAUGAGAAUGGACAGGAUUGUAUAAUGUUAUCGGAUGAAGAGGAAGACCCUAAAAGAUUCACUGGCAACCAGGAAUUGUCAUUAGAAGAUCUGAAACUUAAGCGUAAAAUGAUCAAAAAGCUCCAAGCGGAGUUGCGAAAUGAAGAGGCUAAACUAGUCUUACUGAAGAAGUUACGGUUCAGUCAGAUUUCCCAUCAAAUGAAUGACAACAUAGCCAGGAAAACUCCCAACAAUCAAACCAGCACAGCCCAGCCACCACCAUUGGUACGAGGGAACCAAGUACCAGGCCAGCAGCAGCCAAUGAAGCAAGCGCACAGUCAGGCUCCACAGGUGCAGAGGAGCAGCAACAACAACAUGGCCCAGAACAAGGGACAGGGCCCACCACCUCUUGUGAUGGCUCCAAAACAGAUGGACCAACGACAGUUAAUUGAGAAACAAAUGAAGCUCCUCCAGGAACAACAGCUGCUGCAACAGCAGCGAGGGAGCAACACAUCAUCCCAACAGGCAAGCCUGGCAGGUUUCAGGGGCACACAAGCUCAGGCUGAUGCCAUAAGACAGCUUCAGCAGGCUCAGCAAAUGGUUGUAGAAGAAACUCCAGCUCAGAGGCAAGCCAAGGCAAAACUGGCUUUGAGGAAGCAAUUGGAGAAGACAUUGCUACAGAUUCCGCCACCCAAGCCCCCUCCGCCAGAGAUGAACUUCAUUCCAAACCUGGCUAGUCCAGACUUCAUCUAUCUGCUAGGUCUAGAGGAAGCUGUAAACUACAUUAUAGAUAAUAAUCUAAUCUCAAAGGGCAAGAAGAGCCCUGAUGAGAAGAUGGUCUGUAACCCAUUUACUUGUGUUCAGUGUGGAACGGACUUUACGCCAGUUUGGAAAAGAGAGAAGCCAGGGUCAAAGAAUGUCAUAUGCGAGCAGUGUGUCACGUCGAACCAAAAAAAGGCGCUUAAACAGGAGCAUACAAACAGGCUGAAGAGUGCAUUUGUGAAAGCCUUACAACAGGAGCAGGAGAUUGAGAGGAUGCAGUCUCAGGAACUGAAGAGUGGAACAUUGUCCACAUCUUCCUCCUCCUCCUCACUGAAAGAGAAAGGCGACAGAGAGCGGGACUCCAGAGAGAACUCAGCGGCCAGGAAUGCUGCUGCUGCCCAGGCUUACAAGGAGUCGAUGGCAGAGACCCUGAGGCAGCAGCACCAGAAUCUGGUACAGGCUCACCAGGCUGCUGCGCUACGCAUGGGCCAACCCCUUGGACUCCAAUUUAAUCCACAAGCACCCUUCCCAUAUCAGCUGCCAUUUGCAGCCCGGGCAUCAGGCCUACAAAGACAGUAUCUAUUGGACAUGAUCCCUAAAGGGGGCUUGCCUUGGAACUCUUAAUGAACUGAUUGGGGACAAUGGAAGGUCAUUUGGAUCUUAAUAAACAAUGUCGUGUGUUUUGUACAGUGAACUAUUUUGAAAAGCAUUCAAGGUUAAAAGUCAUUUAAGUGUUUCUUCUCACUAAAUAGUGUGAUCAUGGCUAAAAAUAUUUUCAACAUAAGCGUAUCAAUUCAUUAUUUGUUGUGGUGCUGUCAUUAAAUUUGAUUUAUCAUCCUUAUUUAUUGAUUAUUAUGUUGCCUGCAAGACAGGGCUCUCAUGAGGAUUACUUUGUCAAGGGGCGUCACCUCAGUUUUGUUUAUGAAAAUUAACUUUUAAAUGACUGGUUGUAGAGUGUUGACCUAAUUGGCAUGAACAGUCAUUGGUUAUGGUCAGUAGAUGACCCAUAUUGAUUUUGGGAUCAAUAGAUCGAAGGUCAUGGUGACCUUGACUAAAAAAAUGGCCAUUUCCGACAGUUGACACAUCCAUUCUUAAACACCAUUGCAGUGACAUACCAGUAGACCAUAAGUUAAGUGGUACAUAUUUGUUAUAACAUGCAGUAGUUAAACUUGCUAACUAUAGUAAAUAGAAAAUAAAUGGAGUCUUAAUGUG